CGACGCCGCGUCUCAACCCGACGGCCGUAAAGCAAGCCAGCACGUAACCCUCAACCACGCUCUCUCCCGGCUUGCAGCCAUCUCCUCUUCUCCACCCCCCACCGGAAGGAGGCAGCCGUGAGGUGGUCGCGUUGCGGUGCUCAAGCAUCGGCUGUGCCUUUGCGUCCUCUGACGACUCGGCGAAGGUGGCCUCUUCGCGACUUUUCGGAAAGGAGGAUCUCCUCUGAAGUGGUUAUCUCUUAGAUACUCGACGACGCUGGGUUGGCGCUGGAUUGCCUCUUAGGACGAGUUCUUCGAAUUCGCCUAGUUCUAUUUCAGAACAAACAAGUAGAGAGAAUUGUUCCCUAAUCGCCGUGCAAUCUAUCACCAGUCCGCUAAAAUAAUCGCUCUCGAGCAAGGGUUUUACUCCCGAGCGGCAGGGAGAUGGCCGUGGAUAAGGCCGUUUCCUCUGCAUCUUCUCCCUCAACCCUCCAUCGCUUCCAGAGAAUCGUCCUCGGUUGGGACUAUCUCCGGCUUGUUAGAGAAACCAGUAAGAACAAAAAUGCUCGGAAUGAGUCCACUUCCAAGCUGAAGCGUGUGACGAACACCUUCAAUGACGUUGACGAGUACAUUAGUAUUUUCGAGCCUCUUCUCUUUGAGGAGGUCAAGGCCCAGAUUGUCCAAGGCAAUGAUGACGAAGACACAACGGAUUGGCAUAAGGGAGCAGUGGCUUCUUGCAAUGAAAUAGAUGGGUUUCAUAAGGUAUCAUUAGCUGUUCUGGAUGAAUUUCGAGGAGAUGUGUCAGAGAAUGAUCUGUUGCUCCUUUCAAAGACUAAGUUCCAAGAGGGUUUUGCACCAGAGGCGUAUGCAUUUGCACUGGUUGAAAAUCGUGGAGGUAGAGAAACUCUUGCACUCCGAACCUUCCUUGCAGGAGAGGUCAAGCAUCCUGAGAAAGCUGAACCUGAAUCCAGCCACAGGUUGUUGAAGAUGCUUUCUGUUUUUAAAGCAACAGAGAGUUUCUUAUGGGUUCUAAAAAUUUGUAGUUUAUCAACUAUCAUGCGAGAAUUUGUGGGUCUGCAUUCUGUUUCAUCUCUUCCAUUCAAGGACUUGAUAUUAUCAGCAAGUGAAAAGUCACACCAUGGAGAUAAUGAACCUUGGGGUUGGAAUGUUCCUAGACCACUCAUGGAUAACCUCAUUACCAAUCUCAAUCAGUCACAAGUAGAUGCUAUUCGUGCAGGCCUGUCACGUAGAACUUUUGUUCUAAUACAAGGUCCACCAGGAACGGGGAAAACUCAGACAAUUCUGGGUCUUCUAAGUGCUGUUCUUCAUUCAUCUCCUGAAAGAGGGCAAUCAAAGGGAGGUUUCUCGGCUCAAAAACGCUUGCCAGAGAUGCAAAUUGAAGAAAAGUAUUGCCAGUGGAAAAAAGCAUCUCCAUGGUUGGCUGGUGCUAACCCAAGAGAUAUAAUUAUGCCUGUUGAUGGUGAUGAUGGUUUUUAUCCCACUGGAAAUGAAUUGAAACCUGAGGUUGUCAAUUCUAACCGAAAAUAUCGUGUACAUGUGUUGGUUUGUGCUCCAUCAAACUCAGCACUUGAUGAGAUAGUAUUGCGGCUUUUACAUACAGGCAUUUACGAUGAAAAUGGUCGUAUAUAUAAUCCUAAGAUUGUACGGAUUGGUCUAAAGGCUCAUCAUUUGGUGCAAGCUGUCUCCAUGGAUUACCUUGUAGAACAAAAACUUGCUGGUGUAGACCGCACAACAUCUGGUGCAGCGAAACAUGGAUCUGGAGGAGCAGCUGAUCGAGAACGUAUUCGAGCUGCAAUACUGGACGAAGCAGCAAUUGUGUUUUCUACUCUUAGUUUUAGUGGAUCUGUUCACUUCACUAGGAUGAAUCGUGUGUUUGAUGUGGUUAUAAUUGAUGAAGCUGCACAAGCUGUUGAACCAGCAACUCUUGUUCCAUUGGCGCACGGAUGCAGACAAGUUUAUCUGGUUGGUGAUCCAGUUCAACUUCCAGCUACCGUAAUCUCUACCACUGCUGAGCGCUUUGGGUAUGGCACAAGUUUGUUUAAGAGAUUUCAGGAAGCUGGAUUUCCUGUACAGAUGCUAAAAAUUCAGUACCGCAUGCAUCCAGAGAUCAGUAUCUUUCCCUCAAAAGAAUUUUAUGGUGGCUCGUUGGAAGAUGGUGAGAUGGUCAAAAAAGUGCGUCCUUGGUAUGCACAUCGUUGCUUUGGGCCAUUUCACUUCUUCGAUAUAGAUGGAACUGAGAGCCAGCCAUUAGGAAGUGGCUCUUGGGUAAAUGAAGACGAGAUUGAAUUUAUAGUACUAUUGUAUCAUAAGCUAGCAAACAAUCAUCCAGAGCUGAGAGCUAGUCCACAAGUGGCUGUCAUAACUCCAUAUAGCUAUCAAGUCAAAUUUUUGCGUCGACAAUUUCGUGCUACAUUUGGAGAGCAAUCCGAUAAAGUGGUCGACAUAAACACUGUAGAUGGGUUUCAGGGCCGUGAAAAAGAUAUUGCUAUAUUUUCAUGUGUUCGAGCAAAUACUAGUAAAGGAAUCGGGUUUGUGGCUGAUUUCCGGAGAAUGAAUGUUGGCAUAACAAGGGCAAAAUCCUCUGUUUUAGUGGUAGGAUCUGCUUCAGCACUGAGCCAAGAUAAGCACUGGGGUAAUCUAGUGAACAGUGCAAAAGAGAGAAAUUGCUACUCUAAGGUUACGAAGCCAUAUGCUUCAUUCUUUAGUGAUGAGAAUUUGAAGAAAAUGGAAGUAGAUCUCAUCCAGCAGAAGAGGGACCUGAAGAAGGCCCAGACAAUACAUGCUGUUCAUGAUGAAAUGGCUAAAGUUGAAAACAUCGUUGUCGAUAAUGAUAAUGCCGAAGAAAAUGCAGAAGAUGCACAGGAUUGUGGCAUGGAUGAUGGAGGUGGUUUUGGUGAAGAUUAAUUUCAAGAUAUAUUACAAUUUCUAGUUGUCCAAAUGUCUUAAUUUAAACUACGCAAUUAUUUAUGUAAUAUGAAAGCAUUUCCAAUCGUGGCUCGGUUCCAAAAUUAUAAUUAUUUUAAAGCUCAAAUACUGGUGUGGACAUACGUCACAUUGCAGAUGUGUUUACAAAUCAUCACAUUUUGGCUAUUCCUAAGCCAUUCAAGUCACAUUGCUGAUGAGAGUUCCAAACA